AUGCUGCGAUACUUGGAGGAGGCGAGGAAACCCCCAAGCCCCACCCUGCCCCACCCUCGCCUCUGCGUGUUGUGUGAUGCCGACCCCAACAAAGCGGCAUCUACGACUACCAUCACCACCACCAGCUCCGUCCCCACCGAGGCCAUCACCCCAGUCCUGUUCGUUGGGACCUUCGCUGGCUGGAGACUUCCGGCAAAGUCCCGGGGUGAUGGCCUUACGGGCCUAGCAAGGGCCCUAAAGAAGCUGGCUGAGAAGUGGGGGAAGGGGAAGAAGGAGAGGGAGUGA